GCUAAAUCCCGUAUAACUGGCGCAAUUUACACUUGCGUGUAGCACCAGACAGCAGAGUAUUCAGUAGUCGAUAUAAUGGCCUCGUCGUACAAGAAAAGCGCCCACUUGGCCGCAUCACGACGAAAAACAGCGAAGAAUCCUGAACUAACGGAGGAACAGAGGCAAGAAAUUCGAGAGGCGUUUGACCUAUUUGAUACUGAAGGCACUGGCGUUAUCGACGCCAAAGAGCUGAAGGUUGCCAUGAGAGCACUUGGAUUCGAGCCGAAGAAGGAGGAAAUAAAAAAGAUGAUUGCUGAAGUAGACAGAGAAGGAAAAGGAUCAAUAGAUUUCAAUGAUUUUCUACAUCUGAUGACAUCAAAGAUGGCAGAAAAAGACCCAAAAGAGGAAAUACUGAAGGCAUUCCGUUUGUUUGAUGAUGACCAGACGGGGAAAAUAUCGUUCAAGAAUCUAAAGAGAGUUGCAAAGGAACUGGGUGAGAACUUGACUGAUGAAGAAUUGCAGGAAAUGAUUGAUGAGGCUGACAGAGAUGGAGAUGGUGAAAUCAGUGAGCAGGAAUUUCUGCGUAUUAUGAAGAAGACAAGUCUCUACUAGAGACGCAUGACCUUGUACAUGAGUUGACUUUAGCUUUAACUGACUGCUAACAGUGAAGGAGGUGUCCGCAUUUUGUCAUUAAUAUAACCAUAAUACAAACGCGUUUGAUGUGUUUAAACUUUAUCAUACAAUUGUGACAAUCAGGCAUCACAGAA